AUGACGGGCGCCGGCAGUGAACGGGAUGGGUGCUCAACGCUGCCGUCCGGCAGACUGGAGACAACAGCCGAGAAACUGAUUUCAGGUGACGACUUUCCUUCUCUCGAGACAGGUGUAGGAGGUUUCUCGGGUCAAGACAAACGUCUGAGAAGCGCCAAAACGGUCGAAUGGGCAAGCACUGGGAUGGACGCUGCCUCGGCGAACCAGCGAGACCCCCCCCCCGUCCUGCCUCUGCUGAAAGAAGAUCAGAGCCAGGCACUGUCGUCGAUGGCGCUUUGGCAGAGACGCUUACCGACGGAGAUCGCCGAGGGACUUCAGCCGUUCCCGCCGACUCCUCGAACCCCUACUUUGUUGCGGGACGCGAGCUCCGGCGCAAUCAGCGGCUUGACCGGCACGGCGACCGGUGGAGAUGAAACGCGCACCGAAGGAGUGACGAGGUCUGAAUUGCGACAGGUCGUUCACCUGAAGGCAAAGAUUGACGUUCACGGAGCUGAGAAAACGACAGCAGCGACGACGGAUCUGGAUGGCCGGGAGCUCGACCGAGUGCACAACGUUGAGGCCGAAACCAAGAACGAGGGUUCGAAGGAGGCGGGGAGAGAGACUCAUGGCCGUGCACCGUGCAGCGCGGCGCCGCACCUUGUCGGAGGCUCCGAGGAUGCAGAGGGGAUGCGAAAACGCAGCUCCUUCGCCUCGUGUGCGUCAGAACCGACGCAGCCUAGUUUCGACAGUGCCGCGAGGGGCGACGCGCCAGUGGAAGGUGUAAAUAGCUCUCGAAUCAGGCCACAACCUGAGUCUGUUUCGCAGGUCGAUUCAGGUGUGGUGAGCAUCGAGGGAAACGCGGGGGCGAGUCUUUUGAACUGUCGGCUGCAUGCAGGCCCAGUGUCCACGCCGGUGUCCAGAGCCCAAGAGCAGAACAGCUUGCAGUUGCCUCAAUUCGGGAAGGAAUGGGGAAGGUCGUCUGGUCUGGACUGUGGGGGUUCUGGCGACGACACGGGCAAAGCUGACGUGCCCGGCGAUGGGAGCGGCCCUGUGCCAAGCGGCAUGAGAACGAAAGACGCGGAUGUCGAAGAACCCGCGGGCGAGGAACUCUGGAACUCGAUCGGCAAACCGGUCUCAGCCGCGCUUUCCUGUUCCCUCUCGUCCGCCAUUUUGAAGUCGAAGAAACAGUUGACUGUACCGCAGCCGCCGCCGCUCGUUCGGAGUUUCAUCUGCCGUGUGUUUGCGGCCCAGCUGGCUCACGAGAAGGCGCUCCUUCUGCAGGUAUUCGUCGAUGCACUCCCGCGGCUGGAAGCGGAGAUUCGCCAGCAGCGCGCUGCGGCGCUCGGCGGCGACGCAAGUCAAAGUCCGCUUCCAUACGCUCGCAACCUCGGUGGUUUGCUCAGCCAGAUCCGCGCAGGCGAGGAAGCCUCUGGGUGCGAGACCCCGGGCCAGGCGGGCACGCCGACCGCAGAUGUCAGCGCAAGGGAAGCGACUUUCGCGCGCAUUCGCACGGCGCGCGGAAACGCCGGGCACCUUGCACUGCAGCUGAAACACCACCUGCUCUCGCUUGUCUCUUACCUCCAACAGCGCGUGGAAGGUGGAUCUCUGUCUGCGAACUCGACGUCGCCGAACACGCCCUCUUCCCGUGACGGCGCGGACCCGCUGGCAACGCUCGGCUCAUCGGCGGUGUUUGGGUUCCACAAGCGGCAGCUCUACGAGGCGGAAAUUGCGUUGCUGCCGCGCGAGUGCGUCGCAAUCGCGGACGGACAGGCGAACCCUAUCAGUGAGCAUCCAAAGGCCGCCGACGCGAAUGGGCCAGGAUCAGUCGCGAAUCUUCAGUCGAGCGAGGAGCCUCAAACGCAAGGUGCGGGUCCCCACGCCGAGUCCCACCCAGAAAAACAGGCACCGCCAAGUGGGGACCCGGCUGCGCCUCUUGGCGAUGGCGUCGAGUGCCGGGGGCACGCUCCUGCGUCCGCACACGACAGCGGGACUCUAGGCGCUCUGAGCGAAUCCAAGGACGACGGCGCGGAGUCGGAAAAGAAGGGCGGCCUGGAAAUGUCCUCUGGCGCUGCGUCUCUCGGCGAGCGUCCCGAACGUCUGCUUGGUCAGGUGUUGGGCGCCGAAGAGGAGGUGCUCCGGGGCUUGCCAGCGUGCAUGGUGAACUACCUCCUUAUCUUCAUGGAUGUGCUGGUCCUGUUGUGCGUGGAUCCGAGCGCCUUAGCGACGGCGGCAGCUGCGCAGAUGGGGAAGAGGGCCGCAGAGAACGAAGGCGAAGGGACGAGCCAAACACGCGCAGCACCGGGCGCCUCGGGCGACGGUGCCCCGGCGAGCAGCGACAGUGGAGAGGGCGAAGAAAGCGGCGUCCUGCAUUCGGGAACGGAGAUUCUGUCCGAGCGCACCGCUGAGGGCGCCUCUGCAGACGCGUUGUCCCAGCAUGCGACGCCCGAACCGGUGCGUGCCGCCUCUGCGUUUGACGCGGAGGACGAGGGGAAGGAGACAAUGGCACGCGGCGCGCACGUGAUCCUCUCAGUGGCGGUGGAGGUGGCGAUGCGCGGCGCGUUGCGGAGCUUAGAGGAGCUCCGGAGCGUGCACAGUGAAAAGGCGAACGUGCUGUCGAGGGGACGAGACGAACACUUGCUGCUCCUGGAGCACGUCCAUCGAGAUUUCGGAUGCCGACCCUACGGAGGGGAGACGAUCCGAAAGGAGGAUGCGGUUAGCCCGUCGACUGCCUCUCGGGCAAGAACCCCCGGCCAUCGAGACAGCUCCACCUGCGCAGCGUCCACGUUUUCCUCGUCCUCGUCGGUAGGCUCCUGGGGACCGGACGCUUCGCCGAGAGCCGCCGUAGGCACGGACGAACACGCGUUCAGCCGAAACGAGCAGUGUGUCUCGCAUGAAGCGGGGCGUCCUCUCUCAGGCUUUGGCGUGCACGACGGUGCACGGGGGGCGGGGAAAGCCAAGCCGUGCCUUGAUUCCCAACUGCAUGAGCGCGGCAGCGUCGGACACGCCUGGGACGCGGAUUCACCUGGUAAAGGAAAAGCGGAGGAGGAGUUGGGCGAUGGAACCGAACCUUUGGACCCCGAAUCUAUGCUGUUCUUUGCGCCGCUGUACUCGAGCAUUCCGCCGUCGUGUCUGGGCGAUGAGGACAUUCCUAGGAAGGAGAAAGCGAGACAGAGGUGGGCAGCGGGGGGCGUCUUUCCUGAAGACACGGCCCAAGGGGUGUUCGCCCAUGCCGACGGCGCGCAGCCCUAUUUCGGCGCUGGUCCCGUGCGCCCAAGCAGACUUGCGAGUCUGGAGGAGCUGCAGAGUUUGUGGGGUGAUCUUCUGAACCCUUCGUUUCCAGAGGGAAAAUCUGCGUGGCAGGCAAGCACUCGUGGAGAUGCCUCGCCGCCGUACUCUUUCCUCUGGAGGAAGGAAAGACUGCGCGAGACCUUGCCACUCCUGGACGGUGACUGUGCGCCACGAGGACAUGAUGGAAAGUUCACGAGCCGUAGUGGGGAAUUUUCGGCGCGAAGCCCUGUGCGAGCGGACACUGAAGGGGAUGCCGGAGUCCUGUUUGCCGGUGUCCCCUCGAGGGCAAGCAAGCGAACACGGUUGGAGCAUCUGGAUGAAGAUAUGCGGAAUCCGGCGGGACAGCGCGGCGGUUUCUCAGAGGAGCACAGGGAGAAAGGGGAUCGAGAAGAAGGGAGAGAGACCCUGAGACGCGCAUCCUCGUUCACGAUGGAGACCCGCCGCAGGAGGGCUGGCCUCGUUGAUGACGUCCCCUUCUCUGGCUCAGAUGGGCGGGGAGCCGAAUGGCCCAACUCGAGCAAGUGGCGGCAGCGGGAUCCGCGCGAAGCCUCUGGCCGACGCCUCUAUUCCCAACCCUGUUCACCGUCUUGUGAGGGCUGUGAAUCGUGCCUCGGCCUUGCGGAGUCGGCGGAGGACUGCGUGGAAUCGCGUGUCGUCAGCGAGUUCCGUAAGGAGCGGUUGGGAUUUCCAGGCGCAGGAAGUCUCGCAGGUGGCCGUGCGUCAAGGGGGGAUGGCGCUGACGAGGCGUCUUCAAGUCCAGUCUACGCGGGCAACAGCCUCCUGCCAAGCGGGCGCUCGGGCAGUGCUUCGCCCGCUUGCUCGCUGGCGAGUGGACAGGUGUCAUCGAGACUCAGCCACGCGUCCCUGGACUCAAGUUGCGCGAACGGCGUGUUUUCCGGCGCCUCCGGUGCUCGACGAACCGGCGGGCAGACUGCGUCGCGGCGCGGCGUCUGCGGAUCCCCUGCAGAGGAUGGUUUGAUGCAUCAAGAGGCGGGGAUCAAAGCUGCGCUGGGGAGGGCUGCCGGUUCUCUCCGCUCGGGCGGAGGGGAUCCUACGGCCCCCCAAGGCGCAGGCUCCCAAGGUGCGAAAAAGACGUCGCUGUCGGCGGGUAGCCGACGAGGACAAACCAGCGGUGCGCACGGAUCGGCGGGCGACAGUGCGGGGGCGCGCCUGACGAAGGCAGGUGGAGGUGAAGCCAACGGUUCCCCGCUGGACGCGGAGGAAAUGGACACUGGCCAUGACACUCGGCGGCCCAUGCGUGGGGUGUAUUUCGAUAAAACGCAGCGGUCGUGGAUCGGGUCGUUCUACGAGGAUCGACGCCAAAUAAAAAAGCGCUUCAAGAUUGACACGUACGGCUUCCACGAGGCGAGGGCCCUUGCCAUUGGCGUGCGUAUGACGUAUGAGCGCCGCAUGCGCAACGCAGAAAACUCGAGUCCCUCGUGUGGACGUGGGGCGAACGAGGUUCCUGGGCUCGCCCGGACGCCUGCCAAAGCUCUCGCCUCCCAAGCCUCUGAGGGUCGAAACACCCGAGCGGGCACCUCUGCCGUUACACUGAGUAGUGCGCAAGAGCCGGAAUAUGGAACCAAAGUCUACGAUAGUACACGGCCGCUAGUCGGCGGCGCGAAACACAACAGAGUUCUGUACCCUGGUGGCCUCGCCAGACGCCCGGAAAGUGACGGUGAGAAGGAAGCGCCUGUCGGUGGCGAAAGUCCAGGAGGUUCCAAUGCGGGAGAGGGCGCCAGCGAGCGAGUUGAGGAGCCUACCGCCAAUGAAAUGGGAGAGGACGCAUCCGAAGCGAUGGGAUCUGGAUGGCCCCGGCAGAUCCGCGAACUCGUGAAAGACGAGGAAGGCAGGAUUCCAGGCGAGAUGCCGUCGACCGGUGGAAAUGUGACGGAACUGAAUCGCGCACCGGAGGCUUGGAGACCGUCUGUGAAGGAGCAGGCCAACCGUGGAGACAAGGAGUUGGGCGGCGAUGAAAGGAUAUGGGGAAAGACGGAGGGUAAACCGUAUGGACAUUCGGGCGGGGCGACGGAGAGUACACGAGAAACGCGUUCAUGCCUUCCAGGCGAGAGGAAACGCGGGCGUGAAGCAGCUGAGGAAGAUCAGGAAGGGCGGUUGUCGCAGUGUCGGCGACGGACCGAUGAUUCGAGCGCAAACGCGUCAUACGGUUUCGCGCCCGACGAAGGAGCAGCUGAGCGCACGGGUGGCGGUGACCCAGCGGAAGAGGAGCAACGCCGGUUCUUGAGUAAACGAGGCGAUGCGGAGGUGGAACGACGAUUGCUCGGCCAAGAUUGGGACGCGGCGGUUGACGGCAUGCACCAGGUUCUGAAUGGCAACGACACCUGCGGGAGCGCCAGCGAGAUGGCGGGCGUCGCGGAGGAAAACAGACGCAGUGCAGAUGCUGUGCUGAAGUGGGGCGUUGAUUGCGUAGACGCACUGGGGUCCCCCACGUGUGGCAACUCACCGAGAGACACCCGCGUUGGUGAAGCGGCCUCAACGGGGAGUAUGCUGGUGGCGUCAUCGGCAAGCAGGGGCGGCGCAUGCAAUCCUAGCCGAGGUAAUGACUUGCGCGAUGAGCUUGUUGUCGCGAGGACGCCACUUGACAAAGCUGGAAGGCCGGCCGCAGAUGCAUCUCCAACGUGUAUCACUGAUGAGGAACUUCAACAGCGGCAGCGCCAGCAGCACCAGCAACUGGAGGAAGACCUCGAACACCUGGCUCAUCUUCACGAGCAGGCGCGGCUCCUCGGCGCCGGCGAGGACGCGGCGCUUUUUAGAGAGCUCAGCAGAAUGCCGGACACGUGCCUACCCAGCGACAGCAGCAGGUUUCCCAGAGACGAGGAGUGUGUUCGUAAAUCAGCUGGGCGGACGUCUGCGAUGUCGUCAGGGUCGGAUGCUGUCGGUUUCCUCCCAUGCGACAACAGGAAGAUGGCUUUGUCCGACGACAGGGGCGGUAGCCGAGACAACGUCGACGCAGGGAACUCGGAGGGACGGACUGCCGGAGGCGCGUCCUCCGGCAACGGGUUAAGUGCUAGCCAGUGGAGUCAAGACUUGCCACUCGGGGUGUUUUACACGAGCAAGAAGCACGCCUACUGUGCAAAUUGGUAUGAAGGCAAAAGACAAAUGAAGCGGUACUUCCCCAUUUCAAAGCUGGGAGAGGAGCAGGCACGACUCAAAGCUAUUGCAGCCCGCCGUGAAGCUGAGCAACGGGAGCGCGAAUCAAAACGGAAGCUAGCUGCCGCCGCUGCCGCAGAAGCUGCUGCCGCAGCUGCCUCAUGCGGAAGUGGACGCAGUAACGCGCACCGUUCCCGGCACAACAGCCGGACCCUUUCGUCUGCACAUGGAACGGGAGGCGUUGGGUCGAGCUCUCAUGUCGGUGGCCGCCUCAGUAACGCGAGUGGCAAUGAAGAAGCUGGCGAGCCGGCAGAUCCGCUAUCGCCAGCGUGGCAUAGUGGCGGUUGUCAGCCUGUUCCGAAUCGUUCUCAGCGAGCGCAUGAAGAUAAGUUUCACUUCCUUCAGCAACAGCAACUGAGUCAGCUUCUGGAUGGCAAAGCUCACCCUUCGGGCGUUUGGGAGAGCCGCUUCCUUAGUUCCGUGCGCAGGAUCGGUAUGGAGUCAGAUGUGAAUCGUACGCAGUACGAACAGAGGUGGCGAAAGGCUGAGGCAGACGACAUAUUCACGAACAGCAAAAGUGCUCGUGGCGCAGAUCGGCGCCUUAACGGCAGUGACAGAGAAAGCUACGGGCGUUUGUCCAACCCGUCUCACGGCUCCUCGGUCGCUGAUGAGUCGCCGUUUAGUUUCGGUGGUCACGCCGCCCGAGACGCGAGGGGCUACGGGGGCGGAGGCAAUCGAGGAGCAAACGGUCCUCAAUCUGGUGACGGAGGCUUCGGAAAUGAGUUCCAGCUAGCUGGUCUUGAUCCGAUGAGCAGUGGGAACGGCUAUAGUUCCCGCGUUCAGCUCAACGGAGAGAGGGAGUGUGACGCCACCGAGCUCAUGGUAUGUGGAAGGGACGGUCAAGGGUGGUGA